CAUCAUCAGACGGAUGCGAGAAGCAGCCGGAUGCCCUGAAAUUCGCCAGGCUAGACCCAACCUUUCGAGACACUGACCAGAACUGGAAACGAUUAAUGGACAGUGACGGCUGGGACAUGGACGUUAUUGGGUUCAAACAUAUUGUCCAGACGACCCGUGUGCACAAGUCAAACAAUCUGGAUCCAAAUAAACAGAUACAACCGGAGCGAAAUGUUGCAAUCCACCACCCCACAACCAUUGUCCCUCUCCCGCUAAACCGCCAACAGCAGCAGCAACCGGACAAGAGUAGAAGCAACAUUCAGACUACCGUGCGUGGAGAACCAAUAGGGAGGGGUAUGACAAUCACCGCCGCCCUACAAGCCACUAUCGUGAAUCGUGAUCUUCAACAACAACAACAACAACAACGACUCGAACCACCGAGUGCUCCUAGUAUCAAUAAACCCCUGUCACCCACAACCUUGGAUGUCAUGAUGAACGUGGGUAAAUCAAGAGCUUGA